UAAUAGAAUAGGAUAGAAUAGAAUAAUAGUGUUAUUCGUAACCCAGACAGCUACUUUCUGUCCUCCCACUCGUUCUCUCUCUCUUCUCUGUCUUCAUUCACACUGGCGCUCUCUCUCCUCAGCAGUAAACUACAGUUCCCAUGGUUCCAGAGGUGUAAAGUGAGGCCAGCUACGGGUGCCCGGAUGCUUUUGACAGUCAGGCACGUUGGAGAGGCUCAGAGGAGACUGGGGCGCACGAGAGGCAGAGCUGGAAUUGCAGUGGCGGAGACGCACGGGCGCACGUCAGUUUUUUGCCUCCCGCAAACCGGGGAGUCCCUGUCACCGAGAACCGGAGGACAGCGCUCGAGCGCGGCCGUGUCAGCACCCGAACCGGGGGGCAGACUGUGAAGCAGCGUCCCCGCUCCCCGUUUUUUUUACAUUUCUCACCUCUUCCCCUGCUUUUUCACCCCUUCUCUCUCCAUCUUUGCGGGUGCAGAUGUCGGUGUGAGCCAGAGGAGCGGUCGCACGAGACAGCGGCGGCGGCAGCGAGGAGACGUUGACGCGGGAGGAGAACUGUCUCCCUCCGAGGCGGGGAUCCCAGAUGAAGCGGGGACAUGCUGCGCGCUGACGGCUGCGGACGCCGAAGCAAAGGCUCCGUGACCCGGGCGAGGAGAAGAGCGGAGCCCGCGUUGACACCGCACCAAGCUCCGGCAGCCAGCGCGAGCCCCCAGACCCUCUCUCUCUCUCUCUGUCUCCCAGGCUCUCUCUCCCCCGCGCAACCAUGGGCAAAAGACAGGAGCAGAGGGGAGAGAAAAAGUAUGUGAGCUCUCCACUGCAGUAUUGAUGACCCAAUGAUCCCCUGCAGAACAGAGCCAGUCAGGCAGACACAGCAAGGCUCAACUCAGAAUCAAAAUCAGAAUCAGCGCCACGACCGAUCGGUGAAAGCAAGCGGCCGAACAGGAUAUGAAUGGUCCUUGAAACCUCUUGCGAGCUGCCAGAGGAAGACAGCAACAAAGAAGAAAACACUCAUCUACAUUCAGCAGAAAACAUCCCCCUUUUUGCACCCUCACUACCAGCACAACCAUACACUGAAUGAGUGGCUUGUCAGAUCACCUAUUUUCCAGCCAGUCUGGGGCACUAGUGGGCUGUGGUGGAAAUCAGGCAGAGGAGAAAGGGUGCGUGGGAGGGCUGGAGGAGCUGGAAGGGCCUGAGCUCUGGACCAGGGAGCUUGGGUUCCAGGCGGAGUUCCCGGACCCCUCCAACAAUGGACUGGCACUGGUGACCUCUGACCUUACCGCCUCCCCACCCUCUGCCCUGGCCAACGGCCUCCACCUACAGAGAAGGCUGGGGCUCAACACCUGUCGGCGGAGACAGACGCAGACUCACACCGCUGCUGAGACACACGCAUUUGCAGAGACAUUUAAAAACAUGCAGACGCACAUAGACCCAGAUAUGCAUGCGCACAUGGAUAAUUGUGGACACAUGGAUGUCAAUGCACAUACAGGUUCUGUUGGGCCUGAGCACUCCAGAACUCUUACACCUGAGGCCAUACACACAAACUCACCUCAACCCCUGUCUUUGGCGCUUGGCAAUCAUCCUGCCUCCACCAAUCAGCUGGCAGCCCCAGUCCUCAAGGCAGAGAAAGACAUUCCCUCAACCUUUUUCCCUAUCGGCCCAAACCAAACCCCUGACUCCUCUCCUCUCCCUGUGGAGGCUGAGAAGAAGUAUGCACUCCGCAGCUCUGGACGUCCUCGCUUCCCCUGUCACCUGCGCAAAUCCUCCCGCCUCCGCCGAAGCAUGGAGGACGGGGAGAAGAGGGCAGUGAAGGAGAGGGGAGGAGAGGAGGAGUUGGAAGCAUUAGAGGAAAAGAUUUGGAGGGUAAAAGAAGAGGAGGUGGCUGUUAGCAAGAAAGAAGAGCAUUCGCCUGCUGUUCUUCGGGCAGCUGUUCUACCCGCAGCCCCCUGUCCUACAGAUAUCGCUCUUGCUCUUACUGUAGCCAAACCUGCUCCUAAAGCUAUACAUAAACCUGGGCCCAGACUUGGACAUAAACCUGGACCUAAAUCAAGGUCUAGGCCUGCACCGAAAUCUGUCCAAAAAGCAGCUCCUAAAAGUGUAAAACAGCGGCAGGCAGCACAGUCCAUUGCUCGUCGUGUUACCCCUCACCUCCCAUUUAUAAACACAUCCACCAUUGCUGCAUCUCUGCUAGCUGUGAAGGAGGAACCUGUUGCACAGUUGGGGGUAUGUCCUCCUAAUAACCGGAGGUGUAGACGAUUUGUCGGCGUGAGGAAGAUUGUCGUCAAGGUAGCUCGCAUUCCAGUCAGCCUCAGUCGCCGACAGAAGAGCUACAAGAUUUCCAAUCUGGAGACAGUUACAGGGACAGAGAAAGGCAACGAUGGCAGUCUGGAGGGCUCAGAGGCCAUUCGAGAGCCCACUGCACUUCUCCGCAUGAAGAACAACGGGAAGAGUGUUAUGGUGAUGUUCCCUCCUGGAGAGCUGCCUGUUAUUCUCAAACGCAGGCGGGGUCGACCACCCAAACAGGCUCUGCCAGGAAUACCGGGAGAGCCUCCAAAUACUGGCAGCGCUAGUGGUAAUGGAGACCAGCCCAAAAAGCCCCGGAGGCGACGUCGGACUAAACUCCCUUCUCCUUAUCCAUCUUAUGUUAAUGAUACUAAUGAUGUGAAAACAGAGUACGGGGAUGUUCUGUCCAAACUGGCCUUUUUAAACCGCCAGCCCCCUGCCACUGGCCGUUGCUCUCCACCUCGAUGCUGGACACCCAGUGAGCCAGAGAGCUUUCAUGUGCCCUUGGAAAACCCUGGAAUAUCCACCCUGCUCCACCGCCUCACUGGGUUUAGACGCCCGCGGGGUGGCAGAGGAGGUGGCGCUGGAAGAGGUGGUGGAGCAGCCGGGGGGAUUGGGGGCAGUGAGCACAAUAAGAGCACCUUCAGUGACUUCUUUGAAUCCAUUGGUAAGAAGCGGAAACUGAGCCCCAUGUCUGAGCAUGGAUUACCAAGGAAAAGAGGGAAGGGUGGGGUCGGUAGGGGAGGAGGUGUCGUAGGAACUGAGCCUGGCGUAGAGAAAGUAGUCAAGAAGAAACGUAUGAGGAAAAAUGGCGCAUUUAAAGGGGAGGGGGUGUUCAUGGGGCAGGACUGGCCCAAUGGGGUAGGUGGCUGGGGGGAGGAGGGAUGUUUGGAGAAGGAGAAAGGUUUGGGUGGGUUUCAGCUCUGUGGAUCACCAAGGGGGGGCUUUUCAUCCUGUGAGGUAGGAAGGGGGGGUGCCUACAGCAGUCCAGGGGGAAGCAGGGGCAUUGGGCCAGCGGGGGAGGACUCACAAAGCCUGUUCGCUGGAUAUUUCCGGUCACUACUUGACUCUGAUGAUUCGUCAGACCUGCUGGACAUGUCCUCGCAGUCAAACUCCCGCAAAACUUCAUCCACCCCUGGUUAUGAGCCAUCCAGCCCAGCUCCUAGUCACAGCUGGGCCCCUGCAUUUUCCAAGUGGUGCUCCAAGGGUGCCAGUUCUGGGGUGGAGGGUUCAACGCAAACACAUUGCUCCUCAGCCAGGCCUCCAUACAGCUACAGCAACCUGGCCCAAACAUCACCCACCACUUCAACCUAUCCUAAAUCCACCCCUCCAUCUCUCUCGCACUCUCCUAGCUCUCCACAUCCUGCCUCUUAUGGGCACUACUCCUCUGGCUACUCCUCCUCUCCUGCAGUGUCACAGCGAUCCUCAGAUUGCAGCUUUGCUUAUGGGUCUGGACACAGCAGCGGUAAGGCCACCUCUGUCGGCCAGAUUGGUUUUUCUAGCUACCAGGCAGCAGCCAAGCGGGGCUUUUGUGGAUAUCCGGCAGCAGGUCAUUCCUCCAUGGUGCGGGGGGAGACCACAGGACCCACAUCACCUGGAGGAGGGUACAUGUCAGUGGCCAGAGGCAGCCCAUUUAGCUCCUCCCAACAGUACAACUCCAAUCAAUGGAGCUACAGACAAGGUUAUGGCGGCUGGCCAACAGACGGCUUCGGGCCUCAGUAUCAUGGCUAUGGUGAAUAUGGCUCCAAUGAGUCCAAAGACAUCCUGGAUAUCUCAAACUACACCCCCCAGAAGGCCAAGCGACAACCUUUUCCUGAAAGCCUGUCAGAAUCCUCCUCUGACUCUUUGCAUCUAGGAUCUGCAGCGACUGGUAUGCCACCGAGCUCUGCAGGCGGCACAUUCAAACUGACUGAGGCUGUCUCUGUUAGCGGAGAAGGGGGUCAGUCGAGUCUGUCCAGCCUGGAGAAGUUGAUGAUGGAUUGGCACGAGAGCGCUUCGGGGCCCUCGUAUAACUGGAGCCAGAACGUCCUCUUUCAGGGUGGCGGAACCAACAAACCUGGCCGCGGCCGCAGGAAACGGACUGAGCCCCAAUCAGAAAAAGAUGGUGUUUCUACUUUACACUCUGAUUCCCAAUCCAGUCCCUCACCAACGCCUAUUCCUGGACCUAAGCGAGGAGGCAUCGGUGGACGGGGCAGAGGGUCUAGAGGUGGUAGAGGGGGGUUGUCUCCAUGUCAGAGAGAGCGGCCUAAAGGCAGGGGCAAGGCUUCCUCUACGUGUGGAGCAGGAGGAAUAGUGUCUGCUGGAGGCACAGAGGGGUCUGGGUUGUUCCAGGAGGUGCUGGACUAUUACAGCGGUGACAGUAGCAGCCUCUCUCCCCUGGCCACUCCCAAUCCUGCACCCCCCCCCAGCUACCUCCAGGACCCCUGUGAGUACCCCUCCCCUUAUUCUGCUCACCCCUCCACACCUUCCUCUGAGGAGCGAUAUCCAGCCUUAUACCCUGGAGAGUCCUCCUCUUCCCUCUCACCAGGUGUCUCAUCUCCCCCUUACCCUCCCAAGCCCACCCCUCCUCCACCCCAGUCUUACCACCCGGUCCCGUCCAGGACCUUCUCCCCCUCCUGCUCCCCCUCACCACGGGUAACAUCCCACUGCAGCACUGCACUGAGUCCCUCACAUCGCCCCCCUGCGAAAGACCCACAGUUCUCCCAGUACGACUCCCCCAGCUACUGCAGCUCCCCCUAUUGGUACGGACAGACAUCGCACAGCGGAAGCCCCAGCCCACACUCACACAGCACACACUCAAACACAGCUGUGCACGCACACAGCAACCCGCAUACGAGUCCUCACGGAAACGCACACGGUAAUCCGCUCACUAGCCCGAACGCAAACACACACACCCAUAUAAUCCAGACUCCCCACGACACGCACCAUCACAACACUCAGCCGCACGCAAACCUAAGCUCACUCACUAACACCCAUCCCACCUCGCACCUCCAGAGCAGCCCCCUCACUCACUCCAACAAUCAGCCCCACCACAAUGCACACACCAACCCCAGCACUCACCUCCCAUCCCACACGCACUCAAACCCCAGCCCCAGCCUCCUCUCCCACUCUACACCCCUGCUUUACGAGGAGCGAAGCCCUCCCUCCGCCAUGAGCGCCCACAAGCGGGAUCUGACCCCCCAUCCCAUGAGCACAGGCCACCGCCAAGGCCCCCUGCCUCACUCCUCAUACCUCAAGCCUCCCCUGGACUCCUCGCCCCAUCAGGAGGACACUAGUGGCUUCUCUCUGUCCCACCAGGCCUACCAGGGCAUGGGACACCGUUACCCCUCCCAGGUGGCUCAGGGUGGUGGGGUGCUGUGCCAGCUCUUGGACCCAGCCAAUGAUGAAAGCUUCAGCGUCACCAGCCUGUAACAGCAGGUGCAUUCAAUCCAAGCUUUUACAGAUUUGCAAACAUUGUUUUUCCUUUUUUUGUUAAGGAGACUUCUUUGUGAGAGACUGUGAAAAUGAAGGUUGAGAAUUUAGCUGCCAGCUUUGGACAGUAAAGCUUUAAUUCUCCAGCACUGACAAUCAAAAAUCAGCCACAACUUAACACACCCAAGCAUGUGCACACACAAAUGCAUACACACACACACACACACACACACACACACACACACACACACGAAUACAGACAAGCAUGUGCAGAUCAGUUCACUACCUAAACAUGACCACAUAGAAUCAUACAUGUGUACACUCACUCACACUCUGUGCUGGAAUGAGGGAAUGGCCAGGAGGAGCUGACAGAUGAAAGCCAGAUGCUGACGGACAGAGACAAACCUAUUUCCUCAUUCCGUUGAGUCCUGCUGUGGUACAUAGAGGACUCCGUUUCCCAGAAGUCUGUAUCUCACCAAAAUCUUUCUGGUCUUGUUCUGUACAUCUGCAAUAUGGACAAACUCGGAGCAUGCUGCUCUAUCUGUCUCUCUCUCUUUUUGUUUCUCUCCUCUGUCCUCCCCUCCCCUUCUUUGCUAAACCAGCAACCGCGUUCUGCACUCGACUCACAACACUGUCAUAUCUGUCUCGUGCUCCAACCUGAACCGCAUCUGAGCCCAAAAUCUACUUUUUGAAUACCAUGAGCCUUGCAAAUGUCCUGCUCUGUGCACUCCUUGUGUUGUGUCCCAUACGAGAAAAAGUGGACAAAAUAAUGUUUCUGCUCUUGAAAUACCAGCAUCUGUACAUACGACUUCAGCUCCAAGCCAGGGGCCCCCUCUUCACUCUGAGGGUCCGCCAUAGUCAUGCCCUCCUCAGCGUUCUGCCAUGGUUUCUCUGCUCUGUGGGGGGGGAUGGGUUUCUGGUGUGGGGGUGGUAUUAGGGGGUGGAGGGGGGCUGCAGCAUGGAGACUCAACAUCA